AUGAAUAAGUCUUCGACUUCAUCAAUAUCAAAUCAACAAAUGUUAAAAAUGGAGGAUUUAUUGGAAGAAAUUACAGAGAUACAAAAAAGCAAUCAAAAUCCAGAAAAAAUUAUGAUAAGAGUGGAGGAAAUUAUUAAGGAAUCAAGUAGUAUGGUUGAAGAUUCAACAUUAUCGAAUGAAGUUGUUUUAGAUGCUAAAAUUCUUCAUAUAGGUUCUGAUUGUAUUAACUCUAAUGUGUCAUCAUUGGUAACAAAUUUAACAUCGUUUAAUGAAGAUAAAUACAUUAAUGGAGUUCUUAACUACAUUGAAGAAAUAAGCGAAGAUAGCCUUAGUGAAAUAAAAUGGGAUAAUAUUGCCCCAUCUACUUACACAUUAUUUAAAAAGUCUGAACCUGUUACUUUUAUGCUUGGACCAUUAAAAUUAAAAGCAACAGAAAAUGUUGAUUCUGUUAUAAAAGAAAAAGUUGAAAGGCAAAAAAGAAGUCAACAACAAACAGAAAAAAUUACUUUGGCAAGUAGUGAUGAUUAUGAACCAGUUCAUCAAGAAGAUACCAGUGAUGUCUAUAAACAUAUUUUUAAAUGUCUAAUACAAGAGUAUAUUAAAAAUAAUAAGAAACCAAUUAAUUAUGCAAAAUUUAUAUUAGAUCCAAUGGAUUUUUGGAAAACUAUCGAAAACAUAUUUCAUUUUUCAUUUUUAAUUCGAGAUGGCAGCGUGAAAAUGUGUCUUAUUAAUGAUGAAAUAUUUACUAAACCAAUGUCGAAAAAAUCAAAUGAUAAUCCUGUAUCUAGUAAUGUUCAAUUUUGUCUAACAUUAAGUUAUGAUGAUUGGAAAAAACUCGUUGAAAAAUUUGAAAUUACAAAACCUUGCAUUUCUCCUAAUGAGUUACAAAGUUUUAAGGUUUUAGUCUAG